UGUCCUUUCUUUCAGUAUCUUCUCUCUCAGCAUCUCCCUGUUUGCUUUACGUUCCCAACAAAUUGGCAUCUAUAUUAUAUAACCAACAACAAUGAACCUCACCGCAGCAACUCCAAUCCAUACCUCCUCCUAUCCCCCUUCCUCUCUCCAUUCCAAUCCCUUCAACUCCAUCUCUCCCCGCCCUUCCUUUUCUUCCUUCACCCCUCGCCGCUUCUCUCCUCUCCUUGCCUCCUCCUCCGCCGCCACCACCCCGCCCUCCCUCCACAUGGACUCCCAUCGCCUUCACAAGGGAAUCGCCGAGUUCUACGACCAAUCCUCUGGCCUUUGGGAGAACGUUUGGGGCCAACAUAUGCACCAUGGAUUUUACGAUCCUCAUUCUUCCGUUUCCCUCUCCGAUCACCGCGCUGCGCAAAUCCGGAUGAUUGAGGAGACGCUUCGCUUCGCCGGUGUGGAGGCGGCGACUGCUGUCGUGGAUGUUGGGUGUGGGAUUGGGGGAAGUUCUAGGUAUCUGGCCACCAAGUUUGGGGCGAAAUGUAGAGGUAUUACUUUGAGCCCUGUUCAAGCUAAACGGGCCCAAGAGAUUUCUGCCGCUGAAGGAUUAAGUGAUAAGGUAUGUUUUGAAGUGGCAGAUGCUCUGAACCAACCAUUCUCAGAUGGGGAAUUUGAUCUGGUAUGGUCCAUGGAGAGUGGGGAGCACAUGCCUGACAAAUCCAAGUUUGUCAGUGAACUAGUUAGAGUUACAGCCCCAGGUGGCACUAUAAUUAUAGUUACAUGGUGUCAUAGAGACCUUGGGCCUUCUGAGAGUUCCUUGCAGCCAUGGGAGUUGAAGCUUCUUCAGAAGAUUUGUGAUGGCUUCUAUCUCCCCGCUUGGUGUUCCACUGCUGAUUAUGUCAAAUUACUCCAAUCCCACAAUCUCCAGGAUAUAAAGAGAGCAGAUUGGUCUGAAAAUGUGGCUCCUUUUUGGCCAGCAGUUAUUCGCUCUGCAUUCACUUGGAAAGGCUUCACAUCACUCUUACGAACUGGAUGGAAAACAAUAAGAGGAGCACUAGUAAUGCCAUUGAUGAUUGAAGGUUUCAACAAAGAUCUCAUCAAAUUUGCCAUUAUUACUUGCCGUAAGCCACAAUGAAGAAGAAGCUAAUUCUUCAUAGACUUCCAUAACCAAAACCAAUCACUAUAAAACCUCACAAUCAAAUUAUUCCCUCCUAGUAAUUCUUCUCCCUUUUAUUUUCUUUUUAUGUUGCAUUUCUUGCCUUACUACUUAUUUUGUAACAUUUUUUUCACGAGUUACUUCCUUUCUUUAUAUUAGAAAUGGGUUAGAUUUUUUCCUCAUCCUUCAACUUGUUUUUCUUUAUGUAUAUCAAUUGGUGUUAAUAGGUGAAACAUUAUUCACAUUAUCCUUUGUAAUUGCUAGAGAUAAUUUGUAUAUUUAGUGAAGAAGCUUACGUUAAUUCCUAUUGAA